AUGAUUGUGACGCGGGACGACGGAGUGGUCGGUUCAUGCGUGGAGACAGAGGCGCGGGCGUUCGAGCAGCCGCGUGUGCAAGUGCAGCAGGCGGCCCUCAUUGCGAUACAAGCGGUCAGAUUGGAGCAGCCGCCGGGGUAUUUUUUAACCGCCCCCGAGAUAAACCGUGUCGGCAUGCGAAUGCCAGAAUUUACACCGUCGGAUCCGGUGCUCUGGUUUAACAUCGUCGACCGGAGUUUCCAAGCCGCCGGAAUCACGGUCGACGCGACGAAGUUCGGAUACGCGUUAACAUCUAUUGGGCCGAAUUACACUGCCGAGGUGCGAGAUAUCAUUAUGAAUCCGCCUGCGGAGCACGCGUAUGAGACGCUGAAGACAGAGUUAGUCAAGCGUCUGAGCUUGUCACAGGAGCAUAAGACCUGGAGGCUCCUGGAACACGAGGAGAUUGGAGACCGCAAGCCGUCGCAAUUUUUGCGACACCUCCGCGGCCUUGCCGGAAACGUGACGCAAUGCGCGAGCGAUCCCGGGGCCUUGGAAGCUAGAUUGGAGGUGCAACUGGCCCAGAUGCGGCUGGCCAUGCAACAGGAGAUGGCGGAGCAGCUGACGGCCAUCCGGAAGUCGAUCGAGGCGAUCGGUGACGGUCGAUACCGAGAAGAUGAUCGACGUCGUUCGCGCCCUCGUUCGCGUUCGCGUUCGCGCCCGCGAGCGCGAUCCAGCAGCCAUGGUCUACCGGCCAGCGGCGUAUGCUGGUACCACUGGCAAUUCGGAGCGGAAGCACGACAGUGCAGAGCAUCCUGCUCCAUGCAACAGCAGGGAAACGCAGGAGCCGGUUGUUAG